AGAGUUUUCAAUCAGAAUUUUGUAAAGAAUUCAUAAAAAAGGAUUUUUAUAAUAUAGGCUACUCUGUUUCUCAACUCAGUAGAAAAAACUGUUGUAGAACGAAUAAAUAAUAAAAUCAUGGAGAAGGACGGUGGAGAAAUUAAGAAAAUCAGAGAUAAACUACUGCGUUACUUGAAGCAGACAAAACUAUAUCCAAGAGCAAAAAUAUUUGGCAAAUUCCUCUAUCUAUUUGUGAACUACGUUGGUCUACAAACCUUUAUGCAAUCUCACAGAAAUGGAGCUCAUGGGACUUCAAUUCCAAAGUUUCCGCCAUUGAAAGCUUGAACAACAAUCUUGGAACUCUUGGUCUGAUCAAUGACCUCCUGUUCCUUCCCCAUCACAUAAUGAUUGCUAUUGAGAUGGUGAAUGGGAGAUAUUUUGUGACUGAUAAGGAUAGAAAUUCAAAGGACAACAGAUUUUACCAGGAGAAAUCAAAUUAUAUCUAUAAUUCCGAAAGAAAAACUGUCUCGCUGGUGGAUAAACUGGAGAAAAUAAUGGCUUGCUUCUACACUGCCUACAUGUUGGCUCCUACAUUUGGGAUUCUUCUCUGCAUUUUGAACUUGCAAACUUUGAGUCAAGUGACAUUACCGUUCAUGUUCUAUUUUUCUAGCGAAAGCGCUUCAAGAAGUCCACCUGUGUUUUCUAGCCUCCAGUCAUUAUUACCGGUGUUUUUUCUCGAAUCAUUCUAUAUUUAUAUGCAGUUUGUGGGUACAUUCAUUUGCCACACAGUCUGUAUCAUGAUUGUUAGUAAUGUAUCUUUGGAAAUAGAUAUAUUUUGCAUGAACAUUCAGCAGCUAUCAUUGGAAGACAAGAGUAUUGAGGAAUAUUAUGUUGAUAAAAAUGUCGAACAAAUGUCAUCAGACCAAGAGGCGGAGCUGAAGUUGGCUAUGAGAGAUUUGGUUCUUCAACAUAGAUUGAUAUUCAGAAAACUUGAAGCAGUGAAAAAGAUUUUCUUGUUCCGAUUGAUUUAUGGAAACGUUUUCCUCACUAUUGAACUGGCAUUAUUGAUAUUCUGUUUCCAGAAACAUCCUGAUGUUAUCCAAAGGACGAAAUAUGGAAUUAUGAUGAUCCCGCUCCUUUCCAUGCUAGUUGCUUACUCUGAGUAUGGACAAAUUAUUGAGAUCCAGGGUGAUAAAAUGAGAACGGCACUCCAUGACUUUCCAUGGCAAUCAAAACCUGAGUGGGUUCACAGCACUUUGAGAAUUCUCACAAUCAGAUCAAACGUACUGCCGCACAUUCCAGUAUUCAAUAUUUUCCAUCAAAACCGUGAAAAUUUGUCAAAGCUAAUGAAGUUGGCCUAUACUUAUUUCAAUCUGUUGGACAAAGUGUCAAGUUAAAUAACUCUGAUGAAGCUCGAUAGGCUAUACUGAAGAGAAUAUUGCUGGAUUGUUCUAUAGCCUACUAUAGAAGCUUGGAAAUAAAGAUUGAUUCAUUUUAAAAUUGC